AUGCCAUCUAGUUCUGGAGGGCGAAGCUGGAGCCGAAGUCAACAGGAACAGGACGUGUUCCGAAGGAAUUUAGCUUCUACGCGUUCUCCUUCACCAAGCGUCAACCAUUAUCAAAUAGUCAUAAGCUACCAAAAGAAGGAUAUUUGCGUUAAGAAUUACAACGGAGGCGAUGGCGGCCUGGUUUGGGACCUACGUGACGCUCUCCAGCAACUGGGUUACGCGGUGCUCCCCGCGGGUCCUGGCCCUGCCUCCGUCGUGGAGGAUGAGGGGAAUGAGGGGGAGGGCCCCCGCUGGGCGACCCAGGUCGCCAAGGCCAUUCCAAACUGCGAGGUGGUGCUGGUCAUCUGCACCCCGGGUUACGGCGAAAGCAAAUGGAGCCUUCGCGAGGUGGACCUGGCGGACAGGCACCAGCGGAGGAUCAUUCCCGUGUGGCUGAGUGGCGGAUACCCACCACCCGCGGUGGAGCCAUAUGUCGCCUCACUUCCUAGGGUCCCCAAGGGCCCGCUCAGCUUGGCAGCACUGAUGGGGGAGGUACGACGAGGGGGACAGGGCACGGAUCCAGGCAUGCACGGCCCGGGACCGGGACCGGGCCAGGGGCGAGUGGCGGCGGCGGCCGCGGCAUACCGGCGGCCCGACCGAGCUGAGGUGCUGAGGGGGGUGGUCGAGGAGAUGGCGGCGCUACUACGGCGGUACGGCUGCAACCCACGCGUCGUGCGGCCGGCGGGUAUGCCGUACCUACCUGCCGUACCGAAGAACGGUUCCAGCGGCAGCAAGCAGUCGGCAGCGGGCUGUGUUAGUUUGGCUCUCGGUCUCCGCUCCGGCUCUGGUGUUGCCGGACAGGAUAGCCUGGAUCGCCCCAGGUGCACGGCAACAGACGCCUUCACCAUUCCUCCAACCGCCGCCGCCGCGUCUGCCGCCGCGUCUGCCGAUGCGGUCGCCACUACCAGGAGCAUGGAGGAGGAGGAAGAGGAUGAAGGCGAGAGGGGGGCCGCUGGGACUGCGGAGCUGUUGACGGUGACAGCGGCGACGGCGGCGGCAGCGGCGGAGUCAUCUGGGUUACCGACGACUGCCGCUGCUGCCGCCCUGAUGAAGGCCUGUUUGGCGUUUGACCUGGUUCGGAUUGGUCAGUUGCUGGAGGGGGGUGUUAGUGUGAACGUGGCGGAUGAGAGCGGUUGGACGGCCCUCCACCGUGCGGCCUACCGCGGGAAUGUGGUGCUGGUGGAGGUGCUGGUCAGGGCGGGAGCGGAUGUGGAGGCCAGGACCAGGCUGGGUGACACACCGCUCCACGUGGGCAGCAGGCAGAGCAACCCGCUCAUUGCGCGGGUGCUGCGGGAGGCAGGGGCGGACGUGAACAGCAGGGGACAG